AAAGAGGACGAACAGAGGCCUCCUCCUCGUCUUCCCUUCCCCACGCCGGGCCACGCCGGCCGGAAUCACCCUCCAUCCGGACCGCACCACCGCUGAGUGGAUGACUAGUUCGAAGAAGGAGAGGAAGGAGGUGAGCAUCGCCGGCGACCGGAGAGUGGGAGGGAGAUGGAUGCCGCACUCGCCAACGGCGCCGUGGGGGACUGGAUGUGCGGCCGAGCCGGGGAGGCGCCGGCUGCCACGCACCCACUCAGACUCAGGGCAAGGGCAAGCGCGGAGCGGGGCGGAAUAUAUAAGUGAAUGGCUUACGACGUUCCUUAAGGUUAACUCUGAUCUGAAUUCACGCAUUCCUUUCAGAAAACAUGUGCAAGCAUAAGUAGUGUUCUUCAGUACUUCUACUAGUAUAUUUCCUACCGAGUCUGAAUCUGUGAUUUACCUUUACCUUACCCCCUAAUUUUUAUUGGCAAUUUGGCACUGCCAUCAUAUUCUGGAUGACCCGGGGCUUCACUACGAUUUACAUUACACAGUUUGGUUUUGAUAUACCAGGCCCAAAAGCUGGGCAUGUGAAAAAGCUACCCUGAAACCUGGAAGGCAACUGUAACCCUUUAGCAAACCGUAUGCUUGUCUUGAAGCUUUUUUGUCCCUACACUCAAAUGCAAUCUGAAGUCUGUAGCAUUGACUAGUGGUUCUGCACCCAGAACUAAGACUGUAGUAAGACAGGCGUUCUGCUUUAUGGUUAACUCCAAAAUCACCAAAAUUUCUGGCCUUUUUGGCCUCCAUAUCUAGUGCAAGAGCUUUGGCAGUCAAGUCCACAAAGUGUCUGGAAGAUAAUAUUAUAUAUGCCCAAGAUUAGUGCUUAAUGGUGCAGUCAUGCUCCAAGUUCGGUCCUGAUCAGUAGUGCGAUGUCUUUUUGCAGAGACUUGAAUGAACAAAAUGUUGCUCAAUAAGCUAAUAUAACAGUUCCAUUAGCUAAACUUGUUGUCAAACCCAAGCAUACGUUCCAUGACCAUGGACUAAACUUUGUUUAUAAUCUUGGGGAUAGUCAGUUAUGAACACCACAAGGAGCAGAACAAAUAAGCAGGCAGCAUGUUCUCAAAUUACAUCCCAGAACUCAUGCGACCCUUUCCUUGAAAUCGUCUGCUUCAGUAGUGAGGAAAUAUUGCCUGCAAAUUAAUAUUUCUACAGCAAUGAAGAGAUCAAGCAAUCAAAUGAACCAACUGGAUUAGACCAUGCAGAGCUGAUAGCAUUACUUAUGAUAAAAGAAAAUCCAAGAAUCAGACCCUAAAUAAGCCCAACAUGGAAGAGCAUGUCAUGAUGAAGGAAACCCUUUGGUCGAUUCAGACCAAAAGGGAGGAAGAUACAUUAAACUACAUUAAAAUCAAAACAUAAUAUGGUUCUUUGUUUAAAUCUGUUCAAACCCAGGCACUCAAUUAUUAUAUGUGCUGAAACUUAUAAGAUGCUCAAACUGAAAAAAAGGGCAACUCCAAAUUCAUGUGUAUUUCUGCCAUUCUUGGCCUCGAUAUCCAGUGCAGGAGCUUCGGUAGUCAAGUCCACAAGGUGCUUGGACCCAAGAUCAAUAUAUUAUCUAUCCUCAAGAUUAGUGCUUAGCCGUGAAGUCAUAGUCCAUGUUUGGCCAUCAGUGAAUGUUGUGGUCAAUUCUCCAAAGAGGACUUGAACAAAAUGUUCGUCAACAAGUCAAUAGUGCCAAUAGUAAAGUUGCUUUGCUGAUCAAGCAUUUCUCCUUGACCAUGGACUAAACUGUGUUUACUAAGCUACUUUAUAGCCUAGGGAUGGCUAAACAUAAAUACCACAACAAGCAAGGAGAAGAAGAAAUAGAGGCACGCAUCCUGCUCCCAAACCUACAGCGUAGAAUUCACAUGAUAAUGUAGAAACAUUUUUCUUCCAAAUGGACUACUACUUGUCAUGGAGAUGUCUAUUGCUGGUCCUCUGCACUCUGAACUCCAUGUUUCUGAGUUGUUCGGGCUGCUUCUUGGAGCAGAGAGCGUCCCUCAUGGAUAUUAGCUCUCGCCUCAUAAUCUUUGGGCAUGACUAUGAGAAUCAGAUGCACAGUUCUUGGGGAGUCGGUGAUGACUGCUGUUCGUGGAAAGGGAUCACAUGCGACAAUAGCACAGGGCUAAUAUCGCAUCUCGACCUUUCCCCAAUCGACCAAGAUAUGGACCAUAUGGAAGAAAUGGAAGGUGAAUGCAUCUGGCACCUUAGCUUGACGAUCUUUUCUUUAUUUCCAGAGCUUCAGCUACUAAAUAUCUCAGGACUGUUCGCUUGUUUACAUAAUUUUGAGGGUCUCCAAGGAUUGAGUAAGCUCAAGUAUCUCGACCUCAGUUUCAACAGUUUACUAGGGGGCAUCCCAGGAUCUGUUGGUAAGCUGGUUUCUCUAGAAGUCAUAAAUCUCAAUGGAAACGUCAUGGGUGGGACUCUUCAUAGUACAGGUCUCAGAAAUCUCCAUAACCUGCGUGAAUUGCAUUUGGGAUCCAAUGAAUUGAGUGGUAGCCUCCCAGCAUCCUUAUUUGCACUUCCACGCCUUGAGUACUUGGAUCUUUCAGACAACCUCUUGCAUGGACAUAUACCUAUAAAUUCAUCUUGGAACCUGCGAGAAUUGCGUCUGAGAUCCAAUAAAUUGAGUGGUAGCAUCCCAGCAUCAGUGUUUGCACUUCCAUGCCUGGAGUACUUGGAUCUUUCAGACAACCUCUUGCAAGGAUAUGUACCCAUAAACUCAUCUUCAAAGUGUUCCUCAUUGCUUCAAACUAUCAGGUUAUCCAAAAACAAGCUAAGCGGUAAAUUUUCUUUUUUCUGGUUAAGAAACUGUGUGAAGCUCAAACAGAUAGAUCUGUCCCGGAAUACUGAUUUGGUCGUUCAAGUGGAACUGCAUGGUUGGGUACCAAAAUUUCAAUUGAAUACACUAAGGCUCUCUUGGUGUAACCUUGAUAAGAGCAUGAUUACUGAGCCAAAUUUCCUCCGCACACAGCAUCAUCUACGUUUUCUCGAUUUGUCCAACAAUAAUUUGCCGGGAAACAUGCCUGACUGGUUGUUCACAAAUGAAGCCACACUGGUUUACCUGAAUCUUGCAAACAACUCACUAGUUGGAUCGCUAGAUCGGGUAUGGCAACACCAAACUUACCUUAAACAAGUUAACAUAUCUCUGAACCUAGUUGAAGGACAGCUGCCAGCCAACAUCAGUUUGAUGUUUCCUAAUCUUACAAUUCUUGAUGUUUCCCACAAUAUUAUAUCUGGAACGAUACCACCAUCGCUCUGCAACAGCAGCAUACAACUUAUGGACCUAUCAAAUAACAGAUUUACAGGAGAAGUGCCAUCCUGCUUGUUCACUGAUUUUUACGCACUGAAUGUAUUGAAGCUCUCAAACAAUAGUCUCGGGGGUAAGAUACUUGAUGGGGUUAGUAGCUUCUCUGGUCACCUGUGGGCAAUAUACCUCGACAACAACAAAUUUGAAGGAACUCUCCCUAGAAAUCUGUCUGGUGAUAUAGCCCUCAUGGAUUUACAUGGUAACAAGAUGUCAGGAGAACUGAGCACUUCAUUAUGGUUUCUUCCUUCACUGGAAGCUUUGAGCCUUUCUUGUAAUGGUUUAACUGGUGCCAUUCAUCCAGGAAUUUGCACAUUAACAAAACUUCGGAUAUUAGAUCUGUCAGAAAACUACUUUACGGGGCAUAUUCCAAACUGCAGCACUGUAUUACCUCUCGAGUUUCUGAGUGUAUCUGGGAAUUCACUGUCAGGCUUCCCGAGUGCGUUUUUCUUCAGCUCGUCCAUUACAGCUCUGGAUCUCAGCCAUAAUCAGUUCACAGGCAACCUUGAGUGGGCACAAUAUCUUUCUCAAAUCAGUGUACUUUUGUUAAGCAGGAACAAGUUUGUGGGACAGAUCUCUUCAAAUCUGUGUCGUCUCCAACGCUUGAGUAUAAUUGACAUCUCCCACAACAUACUUUCGGGUUCCAUACCACCAUGUAUUGGUGGCAUUGCACUUGAAGACCCUGAUGAUUACGAGUACGGUUGGCCCUCAAUUGGGAUAACUUACUCUACAGGAGAUUAUGCCGUGGGCAUGUACAGCAGUCAUUAUGAACCCCAAGGCUUCACCUUCACGACUAAAGGGAACUCAUACACAUAUGGACAAAACUUCUUCAUGUGGAUGUCUGGCAUUGACUUCUCUUCGAACAUGCUAUCAGGUGAUAUUCCGAAGGAGAUGGGGAAUUUGAGCCAUAUAAAGUCUCUCAAUUUGUCAAACAAUUUCUUGACCGGACUGAUUCCUACAACCUUCGGUAACAUGAGUGAAAUCGAAAGCUUAGACCUUUCAGGAAACAAGCUGGAUGGAACCAUACCAUGGCAGUUAACUCGGUUAUCAUCAUUGGAAGUGUUCUCUGUGGCGUACAACAACUUAUCUGGAUGUCUACCAGCCACUGGUCAGCUCGGCACAUUUGAUGUGGACAGUUACAGAGGGAACGGCAACCUUAGGUCAUGCACUUCCAGUUCAUAUCCCGUUGCACGGAAUGGCACGGGAGGAAAUGCGCGUGGCGAUUCUGAUCCGAUCAUCUACGUGGUCACUGCUGUUUCAUUCGUCUUGGCGUUUUGGGCCACUAUCACAUUCGUAUUCUGCCAUCCAUUUGGGCAGCGUGUUAUUCUGAAACUGUAAUAAGUAAAAAGAGAGAGACUACUGAUUAAUAGUGAUGAUGUGAAGCAACAUUGGCAGAUCACUUUAGUAAUCUGCUUUUC